GACUCUCAUGUGCGCGCAUUGAGUCUGGAUGGGGAUUUGAUCACUUAAAUUUGAAGAGAUUUCGUGUGCACGCGGUGCUGUACUGGAAGAGAUUGGAUCGUCGUCAGGUUUUUUGAGUCUCGCCGAAGAAUUUCCGCACUGGAUUGUAGCUUUUGUUGGUUGGCUUUGGCUUGAGGACGAUGGUUCGUGGCUUCGUUGUUGUUGUUGUUGAUUUUGUUUUUGUUUUUCGUCUUCUUCUUUUCUCUUUUCCGCUUUCUUUCCGAGAUGGAGCAUGUUGAAUCUUGAAAUCUCUUUCUUUAGGGUCUGUUUCGAAGGAGUGCAGCAACAAGGUGUAUCUAAGUAAUAAAUUAAUAAGAGAAGACACCAAGGAAAGGGUUGUUGCAAUGGUAUGGAGUAAAGCGUCUUUGUGAGAAACAGCAUGUUGCGACCGCAUCGUUGAGACAAAGAUUUUGAAAUUUCUCAAAGGCUGAACAUAGAGCUAUGGCAGAAAAUGUGGCCUCCAUGGCGGCACAAGUAUUAGGGGAGAUACAGCGAGUUUUCAACUCAGGGGAAAAUGGAGUAGAAAACUCAGCAUCAAACCUAGUGAAGGAAAUAGCUCAAUCAAAGGAAGGGAAAAUUGUGCUACAUGGAGUAGGAAGAGAGGGCCUUAUGAUGCGGGCGUUCACAAUGCGCUUGUACCAUUUGGGAUUGAAUGCUCAUUGUCUGGGGGACAUGACCUGCCCGCCAGUUGGUGAAGGCGACCUAUUCAUCGCUAGUGCUGGGCCAGGGUCGUUCAGUAGUAUCGACGCGCUCAUCACGACUGCGAAAGACGCAGGCGCAAGGGUAGCAGUGGUGACAGCGCAACCAGGAGGCAAGGCGCCCAGCCUUGCCCACAGAAGGAUCUACUUGCCAGCACAAACCAUGGCCGACGACGAAGUUGCCAAGGGUUCCGAUCAAUCACAGACAGCUGAUGUACACGAUAAGCAGUGCGAACAAGAGCAGAUUCUUCCGAUGGGGAGCGUUUAUGAAGGCGCCAUGUUCAUACUUUUCGAAAUCGCCGUGUUUCUGUUGCGGAGGGAACUUGGCGAAACUUUAGAAAGCAUGAGGGCUCGACACACAAACCUGGAAUAGGCCGGUCGAAUCUGCUUUGAACAUGCUCAGAGCACACACAGAAGCAAAAAAAAAAAAAAAAAAAAAAAAAAAAACAAAACAAACAAAAACAAAAACAAAAACAGUGGCGUAGAUAACGAGGCUGUCGGCAGCAAGAAAAAAAUGAGAAUCUGUGCACGUUGGGUCCGAAUGGAAAUGGUUUGCUCUCUCUCUCUUUCUCAUGUAUGACAAUUGUGGCAUCCUUCAUAGCAAUCAAUUAAGUGGCGUAUAAUUCAGCUGACCCCUCCAAACUGUGUUCCCUCUUCUCGGUGCACAGACAGCAUCCUCUAAAUCUCGCAAAAAACACUAUUGUUCCGUUUACAAGUAUGUGUUUGUGGCCUGCACUUGAACCUU